UAGUGCAGUAUCCUUCCAUGUAGUAAGACAUGAUCACAGCAUGAGGCAAGCCUUUAUAUGUUUGUUAGUACCUCUGGUGCUAACAUCAGCGCAAUUUCAAUAUGAACAAUCACAAAAUACAUCGACUGCUUUAAAAAGAAUCCGCCGUCAAGGAUAUCAGUAUCCGAAACCCUCUGUCCCAUUUGAGGAAGGAAUUGCGAUAAAACCAAUUUACAAGACACCGUCUACAACUCAACAUCCCUACCAACCCGUUUCAGUGACGGUACCUAUCAAGCAACCAACCUAUAAACCUAUUCCAACUCAACCACCAUCUUAUACGGUACGACCGACUCCACCAACGUUUAGGCCGCAACCAACUCAAAGUACAACAUUUAGACCAUCGACAAUUUACAAAUCUCCAUCCGUGUCAACGACAUUCGGCUAUAGUUACCCAAGACCUUCGACUUCUCUAGAGAUUAAGAGUACAACAAGGGCACCGGUUACACAACGUCCUUUUACUUUUACAACUCCGGCGUAUAAACCACAACCUACAACACCAUCUCGAAUCUCAUACACACCGAUACAAACUCAACGACCCUCGACACAACCACCGUUUAAAUUUCAACCUACCUCACCACCUUCUCCGCCWGCACAMACGGGAUACAGUUAUCCUCGUCCUUCGAUUCCAUUUGAAAUAAAAACUACUUCAAAACCAUUUACUGUUCAAACCCAACCGCCUUACCGACCUCAGCCUACACAACCGCCCUUUAAACCACAACCAACUCAGCCUCCRUAUCGACCACAACCUACACAACCACCGUUCAGGACUCAGCCUACACARCCUCCUUUUCGACCUCAACCUACUCAACCUCCAUUCAAACCUCAGCCUACUCAACCACCAUUUAGACCACAGCCUACUCAACCACCAUUUAGACCACAGCCUACUCAACCACCAUUUAGACCGCAGCCUACCCAACCACCAGUUAGACCACAGCCUACUCAACCACCAUAUAGACCUCAGCCUACACAACCACCAUUUAGACCACAACCUACUCAGCCCCCUUUGAGACCUCAACCAACUCAACCUCCAUACAGACCACAACCUACACAACCACCAUUUAGACCACAGCCUACUCAACCACCAUAUAGACCUCAGCCCACACAACCACCGUAUAAACCACAACCUACUCAGCCUCCAUUUAGAACCCAGCCUACCCAGCCUCCGUUUAGACCUCAGCCCACACAGCCUCCAUUUAGACCACAGCCUACUCAACCACCAUAUAGACCUCAGYCUACGCAACCACCGUAUAAACCACAACCUACCCAGCCUCCGUUUAGACCUCAGCCCCAAGGUGGUUAUGAGUAUCCACGUCCAUCUAAGCCAUUUAUAGAGCCACAGCCAACAAGUCCACCAAAAGUACCUGUAUACAGACCUCCUCCUCCACCACCUCGGCCACCAACACCUCCCCCAAUAAGACCUCCAGUAUAUACACCUCCACCAACUCCUAAAGCUCCAGUGUAUACUCCACCUCCUCCAAAACCGCCAACGAAUAAACCUACAUAUUUACCACCUCCACCACCGCCUCCGCCAUCUCGGCCCCCACCGCCUCCACCACCUAGACCUCCAGUAUACAGACCUCCACCACCACCAACUCCACCGAAACCUCCAGUAUACAGGCCUCCACCUCCACCGCCGCCUCCGCAGCCUCGUCCACCCGCACCUAGAUUGCCUCCACCACCACCCCCAAUAAGCAAACCCACAUAUCUACCACCUCCUCCACCAACUAGAUUACCAACGCCUCCACCCCCGAGGCCUCCAGCAUAUACACCGCCGCCACCUCAAAAACCAUCAAUAAAUAAGCCCUCUUAUUUACCACCCCCGCCACCGCCUCCUCCACCACGACCUCCAGCACCUAGACCACCGCCACCGCCGAAACCUCCAAUAUAUACACCACCGCCAACUCCAAAAACUCCGGUCUAUACUCCACCUACACCAAAACUACCAGUAAGCAGACCUACAUAUUUACCGCCUCCACCACCGCCACCCCCAACUCGGCCUCCGCCACCACCACCACGACCUCCAGUAUACACACCAGCUCCAUCUCCCAAAUUUCCGGUAUACACACCGCCUCCAACAAGACCACCAGUAAGCCCACCUCCACCACCAAAACCUCCAGUAUACACACCAGCUCCAUCUCCCAAAUUUCCGGUAUACACUCCACCUCCAACAAAACCACCAGUAAGCAAACCCACUUAUUUACCGCCGCCACCACCGCCGUCUAGGCCUCCGCCGCCACCACCAGUAUACAAACCUACAUCGCCGCCACCAGUAUACAGACCAACACCGCCACCAUCACCUCCAAAACCUCCAGUUUACAUUCCGCCUUCACCAAAACCAGUACCCUCAUUGCCGCCACCACCACCAAGACCUCCAGCCACGCCGCCUCCAAUCAAAGUUUACACUCCGAUUAUCACCCCCACUCCCACACCAAUAAAAAUCUAUACUCCAUCAAGAACAUCACAAGUAUUUGUUCCGACAAAACCACCAAUCAGCGACGAUAGACAAUAUUUACCACCAAAAAGUGAAGGAUAUUUUUACCCCAAACCAGCUGUCCCAUUCGUGUUUUAGGAACAAACUUUUUGCAUAGCAAAUUGUAACUGUAUGUAUAUGGUGUGUAUUUAUGUAAAUAUUUAGAUUUUUUUUAAGUAACAUUAUUCUAAAUAUUUUAAGUGAGUAUUUUAGGGUAGGUACUUGACUUUUAUGUUGUCGAUGAUGAAACCUUUUCUAGUAUUUAGUUAUUUUUUAGUUCGUAAGUAUAGUUGAAUUCACUAGUACUUAGAGACAAAGCUUAGAAAGUACUGUCAGUUUUCAUUCUAUACCGUGUAUAGUAAAACACUGACAAUUUUGUAAAUACCUGCAAGUAUUUAGUUUAAUUGAUUCUUAUUAUGUAAUCACAUGAUUUGCAUUUGAGAUGAAUGACAUGUGAUUACAUUUUAACAGUGAUAACGAAUAAGAAACUUUUUUAUUACUCGUAUUUUUCUUGAUAUGAAUGUUAUUUAUAAUUCACAAAUGAUGCAUAACAAAAUAUUAUGUGUGAAAAAGGUUAAAAAAACUUUGCCUAAGAUUCAAGACUUAUUAAUGCUACAUCUGGUAACAACAUUUUAUAACAUAAGUUGCUGUACAAUUUUCUUUUAAAAUAAACUAUU